AUGGGUUUUGUGAAGAAAUGUAAGAGAUUAUUGAGAAGCAGCAAGAGCGUGUAUCCAGAGGAAACUUGCAGCGGAAGCUAUGUCAAAUUAUCAUCAGACAAGUGCCACAAAAAGCAAAAAGACAGUCAUAAUAAGAAACCACCAAAUGGUUUUGUUUGUGUCAACGUUGGAGCUGAGAGACAGAGAUUCAUUAUCAAGAUCAAAAUAUUCAAUCAUCCUUUGUUCGAAACACUUUUAGAAGAUGUUGAGAAUGAAUAUGGAUAUGGAAAAGAUGGUCCUUUAUGGCUUCCUUGCAACGUUGACAUGUUCUGUGAAGCACUUGUGGGGAUAGAAAGUGCUAUGAGUUCUUUUGGCAUAAUUAUGUUGUAA